UUGGAUACAUUUUAAUCGUAAAGUGUUCAGAUUAGUAAGAAGAAACGAUGGCUAAUAUGGACAUUAAUGAGUUUCGGGAGUUCGGAAAAGCAGCGAUCGACUUUGUAGCCGAUUAUUUGGUGAACAUCAGAGAAAGAGAUGUUCUGCCAUCCGUGGAACCGGGCUACCUGCACGAUUUGCUUCCGAACGCAAUCCCUGAGAAAGGUGACGAUUGGAAAUCAAUCAUGGAGGAAUUCAAACGAUUCAUUGUACCGGGUCUCACGCACUGGCAGUCGCCACACUUCCACGCAUUCUAUCCAUCACAGACAUCCUACUCGUCGAUUGUGGGCGAAACACUUGCCGCCGGUUUGGGAGUCGUUGGUUUCAGUUGGAUCUGCAGCCCCGCGUGCACCGAGCUGGAAGUCAUUAUGAUGAACUGGUUGGGUCAGUUGUUAAAUCUACCGAAGUGCUUCUUGAAUUGUGACGAAGGCAAUGGUGGGGGAAUCAUUCAGGGAUCGGCAAGUGAAUCGAUCUUCAUUGCGGUGCUGGUGGCCCGAGAGCAAGCCGUGCGUAGAUUGAAGAAAGAACAUCCUGAGCUGACCGAAGCCGAUAUUCGAGGACGAUUGGUUGCCUACACUAGUGACCAGAGCAACAGUGCUGUGGAGAAGUCAGGAAUACUGGGAGCCAUCAAAAUGCGGCUACUGCCAGCCGACGAAGAUUGUGUGUUGAGAGGAACGACGCUGAUAAAUGCCGUUGAAGAAGACAAAUCUAAUGGUCUGUUUCCGGUGGUAAUGGUCGCUACGCUGGGAACUACUGGAACAUGCGCUUAUGACAAUCUGGAAGAAAUCGGACCUUAUUGUAACGAAAACAAAAUUUGGCUUCACAUAGACGCGGCCUAUGCUGGCGCAUCAUUUUGUCUGUCGGAGUACGCUUGGAUCAAAAAAGGACUCGAAAUGGCUGAUUCAUUGAACUUCAAUCUACACAAGUGGAUGUUCGUGAACUUCGAUUGCUGUGCCAUGUGGUUCAAGGAUGCCUCAAAGAUCACGGAAGCUUUUAGUGUAGAUCGCAUAUAUCUACAGCAUCAGUAUCAGGGCAUGAGUAAGGCACCUGACUACCGCCACUGGCAAAUUCAACUCGGUAGACGCUUCCGCUCAUUGAAGGUAUGGAUCACAUUGAAAACUAUGGGGGCCGAGAAGAUCCGGGAAUUGAUUCGGUUCCACAUAAGUCUUGCCCAGAAAUUUGAAGCUUACGUACAAGCGGAUCCACGAUUCGAAGUCACGUCAUCCACAUUGGCACUGGUAUGCUUCCGUCUGAAGGGAGAGGACAGCAUUUCGAAACAGUUACUUGAGAAUAUCACCCAGCGUAAGAAGAUAUAUAUGAUCCCUGCAACGUAUCGGGGCAAAUUUAUUCUGCGUUUCAUGAUCGCUGGAAUUGAUCCACAAGUUGAGGAUAUAGAUUACGCGUGGAAAGAAGUCAAAACUCAGACCGAUUUACUAUUGGGUGUCGAUGAUAAUGGAAAUAACGUUUCGAUAAAGGAUCUGAUUCAACAGGAACUGUUUGAAAAAGAAAAACCCAUUGAAAAGAUUACUGAAAGUUUGAACGGACUUGUUUUGCCUAAUGAAAAGGUUCAGUGAAUGGCGUUGAUUGAAUAAUUAGCAAUGAAGUACUUA